GGAACAAGCGCACAGUCAUUACCUUUUUUAACAUUUAACUCGUGUUAAUAUAAAGAAAGGGUAUUUUUUUAAGCAGUGCAGGUUAUCACAUAACUACAGGAUUAAAGUCUAUUUAGGACUUUGCUUCAGCCUCCAUGUUGCGUUUGGAGGUCGUAUGAAGCUUUUACAGGACGUGUUUCGUCCUUGUUUUGUGUCUGGAAACAUUAACAAGAGCUAAUCACUAUUUAGCACCAUGGGAGCCGAGCAGAGUGGAGAUGCAGAGCACAAACACUCAGACUACAGCUCCUCAGUUGUUCCCUCUCCAGCAAAGCAGAAGGCGAAGAUGGACGACAUCGUGGUCGUGACCCAGGGGACUCAGUCAAUGCGAAAUAUCCACAAUGACCCAGAUGUCAUAAAGCUUCAGGAGAUACCCACAUUUCAGCCGCUUUUGAAAGGUGUGCUGAGCGGCCAGACGUCACCCAGCAGCGUGUGUCUGGAAAGGCUGGACACUGCUCAGGUUCUGCAGCUCUGCGUCCGAUACCAGGACCACCUACACCAGUGUGCCGAGGCCGUGGCCUUCGACCAGAACGCCCUCGUCAAGAGGAUCAAAGAAAUGGACUUGUCAGUGGAAACCUUGUUCAGCAUAAUGCAGGAGCGCCAGAAACGCUACGCCAAGUACGCAGAGCAGAUCCAGAAGGUCAACGAGAUGUCGAUGAUCCUGCGACGCAUCCAGAUGGGAAUCGACCAGACGGUGCCGCUGAUGGAGCGACUCAACAACAUGCUGCCUGAGAGCGAACGCCUGGAGCCCUUCAGCAUGAGGCCCGACGGGGAAUCUGUCACCAAGUAGCCUCUUUAAAUCCCCAACGUUGCUGCUUCCUACAACCCCCCUGAGUACUCCGUCCGUGCCCUCAGUCCAGGAGGAAGUGCAGGUGUGUCCAGCUGUAGGAAUAUUAAGCUUUUAUAAAUGGGUUGCAUCAUUAUACCCAUUUCAUUUUCAUAGUAGAGAAGGAGCUCAGCUGUGAAUGUCUGAGUCUCUCCAGGUCACAAUCACUUCAGUUUCAUUAUUUUAAUUAGAGCAGGGAGACUCUCUCAAUCAGCAGCAUCCUACUUACUAUUGCACUUCUAUCCAGCACUCACACAUUCAUACCUGAGUUCAACCAGCUGUUACUGGCCACUGACUGGCCCCACUGGAGGAGUCGCUCAUUUUAAGAUCUGCAUACAAUUGAACCCCAACUGUACGAGCAGCAGGCCUGGAGAUUAUUAUUAUUAUUACUAAUCCUCUCCCUGCAGGAUAUAAACUGGCAAGCUUCCAGACGAAAGGCAGGAGAGGAGCAGAUGCAUUUGAUUGAGAAUGAACUCCAGAUGCUCAAAAAACCCACAAAAAACAAGCCCCUCCAAAUGUGUCAUAGGUUUUACAAACUCAAAUGAAUGCGAGCAACAUAGAAAUAUCUCUAGAAGUUUGCUUACACCUGCCAAAAUAUCAGAACCACCCGAGACCCUCCAGUGGAUUGAUUUUUGGAUCUUAACAAUGAAGACAUUUGUCAAUUUGCGAUCCUGAUUUUCAUCUCACUCCCUCUGCCAUAUGCCGCCGUUUACAUGAUCACGUCCCUGAACUGCUUGCGUGCAGAUAAACUGCUUUUUUCCUGUAUAAUAUGGGUGUAUAAUUUUUGGGAUAUAAUGAAAAAGAAGAGGCUCAAAGAGACAACCAAGAAGAAUUUUUUUCUCAUUGGAUUACACACAAGGAGCAAGGAUGUACAGUGGGAGUAAAAUGAGAACCUUCUUCAGCCAUAGCUCCUCAUGGACGGAGGAAAGUCUGAAAUAUUCUCAUGAACUCUUGAACUUCAGUUUUCUGUUGACAGAACUUGACUUUAAUUUAUUUGGGUAGUUUUUCCCAGCAGUGCCGAGCUUGUUUGCAUGCAAAAUAGUGAAGAAAGCGAAGUGAAAUAGGACCUAACGGAGACCUGGACGCAAGGAUGAGGACAGAAAACAUUUGAUAACGUUCUCCCCUACUCGUCCACACGGUGCUUUUACACGACGCUAACAGAUUUCAGCAUUAAAUUAGUAUGUUUUGUUUGCUUGUUACAUUCAAAGUUAAACAUCACACAUACCAAAGAUUCACAAAUCCUCACAGCUGUUUAUUAAUAAGUGGCACCUUAGAAAAGAUAUUAAAAGUUUGGGCAUAUCUUUCAGCUGUUUGAGGAUAGUGGUCAAAUUAACUUCAUCGCUUCAUCUGUUCGAUAUUUGCUUCCGAUGUAUUUUAAGUCAUUCAUCAUUUGCUUAAAGGGUUAUAUCCAUCAAAUUACAAAAAACAUAUUUUCUCUACUAACUUGAGUGGUAUCUAUCAGCUUUGGUUUUAUUUGGUGAAUUUAUUUAGUUUGUGGUGCUCACAGCAUUAAAAAAUUGCAUUAAAUAAAUUAAAAUGUAGCAUUGUUAUCCUGAUAAUACACAAAACACUCUUAUCAAUAGCUGGAUAAUUUCUUUUGUGUAGAAGUAACCAGGACAUUGAUUUUGGAAAGACACAUUACUGAAUCUGUGAAUAUUUUUCACAAGAUAUUUAAUUAAAAUAUUAAUGAUAAAUAUAAGCACUACAAAUAAAAUCCUGUUCACCUCUGUUGUAAUUUCAGUAGCUGAAAUCGUUGGAAACUGACAUCUAAAAGCCUGCGUUCCUGCAUGACUUGAUACCACCAAAGGUUAGAGAGAAGUUACUGUAUGUUUUGUAAUUUGGAUGUUUAAAAAAAAAAAAGACGACCCUUUUAACUAAUAACAGGCCAGUUUGCAGUGUGGAAAUAAAAAAA